AUGGUGGAUCUGCUUCUCCAGUGUCCUUUCCCGGGUGCUAUGGGGGACCCCUCCAAGAAGAAGCCCGGGACGGCUAUGUGCGUGGGCUGCGGGAGUCAAAUCCACGACCAGUUCAUCCUGCGCGUGUCGCCCGACCUCGAGUGGCAUGCUGCCUGCCUCAAGUGUGCUGAGUGCAGCCAGUACCUGGACGAGACAUGCACGUGCUUCGUGCGAGACGGGAAGACCUACUGCAAGCGGGACUACGCGCGGCUCUUCGGCAUCAAGUGCGCCAAAUGCCAGGUGGGCUUCAGCAGCAGCGACCUGGUGAUGCGCGCACGCGACAGUGUGUUCCACGUGGAGUGCUUCCGCUGCGCAGUGUGCAGCCGCCAGCUGCUGCCCGGGGACGAGUUCUCACUGCGGGAGCACGAGCUGCUGUGCCGCGCCGACCACGGGCUCCUGCUCGAGCGCGCGGCUGCCGGCAGCCCGCGCAGCCCCGGCCCGAUCCCUGCAGCCCCGCGCGCCCUGCACCUGCCAGACCCCGCGCCUGGCCGGCAGCCCGCCCUGCGCCCGCACGUGCACAAGCAGGCGGAGAAGACGACACGGGUGCGGACCGUGCUGAACGAGAAGCAGCUGCACACGCUGCGGACCUGCUACGCCGCCAACCCGCGGCCCGACGCGCUCAUGAAGGAGCAGCUGGUGGAGAUGACCGGGCUGAGCCCGCGCGUCAUCCGCGUCUGGUUCCAGAACAAGCGCUGCAAGGACAAGAAGAAGUCCAUCCUCAUGAAGCAACUGCAGCAGCAGCAGCACAGCGACAAGACGAGCCUCCAGGGCCUGACCGGGACCCCGCUGGUGGCCGGCAGCCCCAUCCGCCACGACAGCGCCGUGCAGGGCAGCGCCGUGGAGGUGCAGACGUUCCAGCCGCCCUGGAAGGCACUCAGCGAAUUCGCGCUGCAGAGCGACCUGGACCAGCCAGCCUUCCAGCAGCUGGUCUCCUUCUCCGAGUCUGGCUCCCUGGGCAACUCCUCAGGCAGCGACGUGACCUCCCUGUCCUCGCAGCUCCCGGACACUCCCAACAGUAUGGUGCCAAGCCCCGUGGAGACGUGA